ACCUUGCGUCGUCGUAGACCCCGAGCCGUAAAGUGGGGUAACCUUGUACGGGCAUUUUGAUUUUCGCGUUCUGAUACGGAAGGUUGGUCCGGUCCUGGUCUAGGAAAUGGUUCCAGUGAAAAGGGUCUCGGCAUUGGCCCGCCCGGAACACUUCGUGUGAUUAAUGGUACCAUAAUAAACAAACCCGAAUCGGUAGCGUGCAGUGGCUGGGCAGUGCACACCGAGCACAUGGCUCGGGUUUAGCGAGAACGUACCGGUUCUCCUACCUGGUACGCGGUGCACUUUCAAACAGAUUUUAACAGAUUUUUGCCAGGCGGAAGCGGAAGCUGGUGGAAAUCGACGGGAUUUACAAUGCGCGUGGAACGCGUUUAAUCUCACAAAUCAUGUGGAAACUAUUCAAGCUCGGCCGCUCGUGGUGGGUUUGGCUAUAAAUACAAGCGCCACCACCUCAUGUGCUAUUUGAAUUGUCUGCGAGAAACGCCGGACGCCGGACCGGAUGGAUUUCUAUACUUACUGCGUGCAUUCGGAUCGUUCCGAUUCAAUAAUAGUCCGUCCACCGAAAGUGUCUUGCCAGGCCUGGUGCCCUCGUCUGGCCGAUGUUCACAGUGAUACAAGUGCAAUGCCAGUGAGAACCCCGGUGCCCGUUGCUGAGAUUGGUUGCCCGUUGAAGCUGCAGUGACUCACGUCCGAACCACGGUAUCCAUCCGUCUAGAAACCAAGUUGCCGAGCUGUUCCAAUUUGAAGACUACGCCAACGAAGAAAGCUGCCGCAUGUAUGUCUACACUUCGACGGGGCUGCUCUAAAUCAUGACAGUGCUAGUAAUUCACAAACAUAUUACAAAACAGUCAUUUGUCUCAGUUUUCGAACGAUUGUCGAAAUAAAUGUAGUUCAGAGCCGCGGGAGAAAAGUAUAAGAUUUUGUAGUACCUUUGAUGUGUGGUUAUUCGCCGCGUAGUGCAGUUACAAAGAUGACCGUGCAUAGACGUAAAUAUACUUUGGAUGCAACAGAGAGGUUAACCCUCCUUUCACAGACCAAAAAUACCACCUACGAAGUGUUGUAUGGCUAACAAUGUUAUGACAUCGUACGCGGGGAAAAGAGCGGUGCUGAGUUCUGUGUCUUUCAACCUAUAUAUUUAUAGCUACAGUUUACAAAAUGGUGGUUUGGAGUCGGUGGCGUUAGGUGCUAGUGUUGUGUCAACUAUUGAAUGACCACAAUCAGUUGAUAUUGAGCCGCGAGCCGCUCGGUAGCAACGUUACGCGCGACAACUUUCCGCCCAGCAGCAGGCGGCCCACGAAUAGUCGCCAUAUCACAGAGCCCGGACUUAGCAGGCGUCCGGCUAUCGCGGGGUUUUAGCAACGAUGGAACGAAAACGCUCAAUAAGACGUCGCCAGAAGCCACCGUUUGCGGAGCGGGCCAAAGAUCACUGCCGAAACUUUACAGCAUUCAUGUUCAGCAACGUCGGUAUCAUCUUUCUGGUUGUGCUGUAUAUGAUUGCAGGUGCGUUCAUGUUCAUCGCGAUAGAAGGCAACGAGGCGCUGGAAAGGUUUGCUCAAAUACCGUUCAAGAGGAACGAGACUGCUAUGAGACUGUGGCAAAUAUCCUGCUGUGAAGUGAACGUAUUCAACAAAAGUGUCUUUGAAGAGAAAGUGGGAAAUGAAAUACGCGCCUAUCAAGAGAAGAUAGUGCUGUGGGCCCGUCGUGGUUGGCAGGGUAGUGAUAUUACACUGGAGAGCGAGUCGCCGUGGAGUUUUUCCGGAGCAUUUCUUUACUCGCUUACAGUUAUCACCACCAUAGGAUACGGUAAUAUUGUCCCCAGAACGGAAUGGGGGAAAAUUGCAACAAUUUUUUAUACCAUAAUAGGCAUGCCGCUGUUUCUGCUUUAUCUUUCCAACAUAGGCGAUAUAUUGGCGAAAUCAUUCAAAUGGAUCUACGCCAAGUUUUGCCUGUGCCGAGUUUGCCCUGGCGUCGCAAGGAGACGAGCGAUGCGUGCCAGGCGAAGAGCACGCACGGAGGAGCGCGAAUAUUCUCCGGAAAUGGGGGAAAAUGGAUUCGACAACACUACGAUCACAACCUCCAAUGUGGAUGAUGAAAUUGAGGAUGAAAUCACUGCCGAGACGAACACCGUCACCGUUCCAAUAACUAUUUGUAUUAUGAUAAUGAUAGGGUACAUAUUUUUCGGUGCUCGUCUUUUUGCCGACUGGGAAAACUGGGACAUUCUCGAUGGAAGUUACUUCUGUUUCAUUUCGCUGAGCAGUAUAGGCUUUGGGGACAUCGUUCCGGGUGCUUCGCUACAGACCAAAGGCGAUACGAAGAUGGAAAUUAGUUUUAUACUUUGUGCAGUUUACUUACUACUUGGUAUGGCGCUGAUUGCAAUGUGCUUCAAUCUGAUGCAGGAACAAGUCAUCUAUAAGAUCCGUUCAUUGAAGAAAUGUGCCAGAGGAUGCUUCCGGUGCGCCAAGACCGUGCCGGUACCUAUCGAUGAGCUGAAGGAACCAAGCAACAUAAACUGAAAGCUAUCAAAGACAAUUGAGGAAAUGAUUGAAAAUUGCCAUGCAAAGACAUGCUUUAAAGUCAUCGAAAGAUUUACUGAUAAAUAAUAACCUUAGUUAUUAGUCAACAAUAACAUAAAGCAACGAAUGCAUUCCACAAAUCUUUCAUUUAAAUGAGUGAAUAAAAUUAAAUGACGCUAAUUUGGAUUACAAAUUACAUUGCUCUAGCCAGACUGUGAGAAUCCAAGGUAAAGCCAACGACAAUACUUCUUUGAAAGGAAACAAAAUUACAAUUUAAAUGAUAGCACAAAGCCCGUUAAACCAGUUUUCACUGCUAUCUUAUCGCUCACUCGCAUGCAACGAACAAUUUUGAACAUCUGGAACAUAAGAAAAGAACUUUCCACAAACGAGCAAUGUACCCACGAGAUUAUGUCGCAUCUAUCGGGGAAAUCUGUGACAAUUGUGUAAAUAUCAUUUGAAUAAUAAAAAUU